GGAAGUAGAGUCAUGCGAGACGUUCUCGGAAGAAGCUGUACGACCGAACAUACUGCAACUAAAGGGUCGACUGACUUGACUGAAGAAAAAAUGGCAACACAGAACGUCCGAAAUGUGUUUGCUUCGCCAUGGAACGAUAGCGAUACUGUGCUAGAUGUCGAAAAUCAAGAACUUCAUGUUCAUAAGUGGAUUCUCAUCUCGCAAUCGCCCGUGUUUAAAGCAAUGCUCGACGGACAUUUUAAAGAAGCUAACCAAGACAAAAUCACCCUGAAAGGUAAAAACGUGGAGACGAUGGUACAGUUUUUGAAGACUCUCUACCCUUCGUCCAUGUUUAGAGAAGCUAAAACACCUAUGAAUGAUGAAAUUCGGCUGUCAAUAAUGGCGCUUGCAGAGGAGUAUCAAUGUGUAGAUGUUAUAAAGCAAUGUAUUGACGAAAUGAAAAUUACCCCGGAAAAUGCAUUGCAAAUACUGCCGUACGUCGUGAAGUAUUAUCAGACCGUAUUGCCUCAACUGUAUGAUAUCAUUAACUGGAGCGCUUCAGCAGCCGUGCUGGAAACAGUAUUGCCGAAUAUUGAAGGACAAAAGGGGACGUCUGACAGAAUGCUGCUAACGAAAUGUCGCUUCCUUGAAGACAUCCUGGUGAAGAUGGAAAGUGCUACAAAAGCUUUGUUAUGUGAUUUUUUAAGGCAAAGAAAGAAAUUAGAUGAUAUGGAAAAGUCAUUGAAAGAUUCAAAGAAUAAGGUUUCCACUUAUUACAGCAGUAUUCACCGUGACACUACAUUUGAAACUACAGCCGACUCUCGAUGUCCUCACAGCGUUGCAUUUGGACAGAUCAAGAAAACAAAAGGCUGUCUUCAUUGUAAAGAAAAGUACAAAGAAAAAUUCUUUGCUCUUAUUCCUAGUUGUCCAGGCACACAACAUUAUUUCGACAUGUUUGAAAAAGUGAAUGACGUAGUUACUGCAGUCAAUGAACAGAAACGUAUACCGUAUUCUACAUUCUAGGUCAGGAAAUUCUUUGACAACGGCAUACGUAAUAUUUGUUGACAGCAUCAUAGGUUUACCCAGUUAACGUCAUUAGCGAAAUUAGUUAUUAAUUGUUUUCUCGUAUUAGAUUUCUGCUUUGAUUUAAUAAACUUACCAAUGUAACCUUCUAAGCUUGUCCUUACAUCUUCAACUGAAGGAAAUACCUGGCGUGCAUGCAAAAAGUGUUUUUUUUCUGUCAGGUUUUUCAAAGAAAAAGGCAAUGCUGUAUAGUGUAGAUUAGAAUGCGGGUAUACGACUGACACUAAACAUUUUGAAUCUCAGUUUCAAUUUUAUCACGAACAAUAAUUCCUCACUGAACUCUGCGCAAAACAAAAGAACUCACCAGAUGU